AUGUUUAAUUUACAAAUCUUAAGACAAUUUUCUCGUUUGGCGAUAAGUUCAGCAACCAAAACAGCUAUAAAUGGAAGGAGUAUUGCUACAUCUGCUAUUGUACAGUUUAAGUUAACUGAUAAUUUAUGGGCUGAACCAUUGAAGAAAAAGAAAAAAAUGGACCCAGCCAUUGUAAAAGCUCGUGAAGAUAGGCGGCGGAAAAAAAUAGAAAAACAGAUUCGUAGAUUAGAAAAAAAUGCAAGACAACUUAAACCAAUUGAAGAAAUGGAACCUCCGUUACAUAUUUUAGAUCAAAUGAACAAACGUAAAAGACCUGCACUAGUUCUAUCAGAGGAAGAAAAAGAAGCCCGAGCAUUACUUAUUAAAGAGUGGACUAGAUAUAAAAAACAAGAGCAUAUGGCCAACAUAGCCCAAAUUGAUAGAAUCAUGGCAUCUCAGAGACGAGCUUUAGACAAGCUGUAUGAAGAGUCUGAGGAAUUGUACAAUGAAGCUAUAAUGCCUGAUUUACAACUAAUUCCAUACACUAUCAGUGGUACAUAUUCCACCCCACCAAUCAAGAACUAUGAUUCUCCAGAUGGUGAAUACAUUGAUGUUUCCAAGAAAUGGGGACAAAAA